AAUCACAGGAAAAGACUCCUUGAGACUGAACAGAGAGAAGCAAGCUAGCUACCUAGUAAGAGAGAUAUGGGAUCCAUUUCGAAGCCUCAUGUUGUUGUGAUCCCAUGUCCACUCCAAGGUCAUAUAAAGACUAUGCUUAAACUUGCGAAGCUUCUUCACUACAAAGGUCUUCACAUCACGUUUGUCAGCACAGAAUUCAAUCACAAACGUUUCCUUAGGUCAAGAGGACCUCAUGCCCUUGAUGACUUGCCUGGCUUCCAUUUUAGAACCAUUCCCGAUGGUCUCCCUCCUUCAGAUAUUGAUGCCACCCAAGAAAUUCCUUCUCUUUGUCAUGCCAUGAACAAGAAUUUCUUAGCACCCUUUAAAGAUCUUCUUUUACAACUCAAAAAUACAGUAUCGGAGAACAACCCUCCGGUUACCUGCAUUGUUUCUGAUCCUUUUGCUCCAUUCUCCAUCAAAGCUGGGGAAGAAGUUGGUCUUCCAGUUGUGAUGUAUGCCACUACGAAUGCAUGUGGCUAUAUGGGAUGUAAACAGCUCUAUGCUCUCAGAGAGAAAGGCUUCACCCCCAUCAAAGAUAUGAGCAAUCUAAGCAACGGCUAUCUUGAGACAAAAGUAGACUGGGCUCCUGGUAUGAAAGACGUUCGUCUUAAGGAUUUUCCAUUUAUUCAAACAACAGAUCCAGAUGAAGUUGUAUUUAACUUUGCCAUUGGGGUUGCUGAAACUUCUGUUAAAGCUCGUGCAAUUGCUUUUCAUACUUUUGACGCCUUGGAACCAGAAGUUUUAGAUGGCCUUUCCACUAUUUUCCCUCGAGUUUAUUCCAUCGGUCCACUCCAGUUACUCCUAAAUCAAUUCGAAGAAAAUGGUUUGAAGUCUAUUGGUUACAGUCUGUGGAAAGAAGACCAUGAGUGUCUCCAAUGGCUGGAAACAAAGGAACCCAAAUCAGUGGUGUACGUGAAUUUUGGGAGCAUAACAGUGAUGACAGCUGAUCAACUGGUGGAGUUUGCAAUGGGAUUAGUUAAUAGUAAUAUCCCAUUCUUGUGGAUUACAAGGCCAGAUUUGGUCGUCGGUGAAUCAGCUGUUUUACCAGCUGAAUUUGAAGAGGAAACUGAAAAGCGAGGCUUUAUUACAAGUUGGUGUCCACAAGAGGAAGUGCUUAACCAUCCAGCAGUUGGAGGGUUUCUAACUCAUAGUGGCUGGGGUUCAACCAUUGAGAGCUUGUGUGCUGGCCUUCCAUUGGCGUGUUGGCCCUUCUUCGCUGAUCAAGCAAUGAACUGUAGAUAUAGCUGCAAUGAAUGGGGAGUUGGAAUGGAGAUUGAUAAUAACGUCAAGAGGGAAGAAGUGGAGAUGCUGGUGAAGGAGCUAAUGGAAGGGGAAAAGGGUGAGAAAAUGAGGGGAAAGGCUAUGGAGUGGAAAAGGUUGGCUGAAGAAGCUGUUGGGCCAGAGGGUACAUCAUCCAUUAAUUUGGACAAGUUCAUCCAUGAAAUAAUCUCUUCAAACAAUUAGAUCGUCGACACGCUAGAAUAAAAAAAAAAUCAUGAAAAGAUCAAAUUUCGUUCGUCUGUGAAAAGAUCAAAUUUCCUUCCAGUUGCCUUUUAUUGGAAUUUAAAUAUCAUAAUAAAUAAAUGCUCCAUUUUCGAA